UUCGCGUGGGGUCGGAUCAUUCUCCAAUAGAUUUCCCAGGCAAAUGGCGAGGGUUUCUCCGCUACAUCGCUGGUCAUCCGUGGCGGCUGCGUGACGGCACCUCUGUUUGAUGUGAUGCUUGGCGCAGUCGUCUCCUCCGCGUCCGCCUCCUCUGGAGGACUGCGGCUUCCAUUCCCGGUCUUCGCUAGCGCGGCUCGGAGGACGAUGCAGAUGCCUCUGUCGACGCGGCGCCCUCUCGCGCCGCCUGACGCCUCCGCUUCCUCCUUGGCCCCCAGCGAAUCUACCCGCAGGCCUUGGCUCCUCGUCGGGCUCGGAAACCCUGGAAAGAUAUAUCAGGGAACACGGCACAAUGUGGGUUUUGAGAUGAUAGAUUUUAUAGCGGAAUCUGAAGGAAUAUCUAUGAGUACUAUGCGUUCAAGAGCUCUGUUUGGAAAAGGUUUCAUCUGUGAUGUUCCUGUCAUGCUUGCAAAACCACAAACCUUCAUGAAUGCUAGUGGUGAAUCGGUUGGACCAAUAGUAUCAUACUUCAAUGUCCCUCUCAAUCAAGUGCUUUUGAUGUAUGAUGAUUUAGAUUUGCCAUUUGCAAAACUACGCUUAUUGCCAAAAGGUGGACAUGGUGGCCAUAAUGGGAUGCGGAGCGUGAUCAAUCACCUGAAAGGAAGUCAUGAAUUUCCUCGUUUAAGAAUAGGUGAGCUAGGCAACUUUCAGAUACAGUUUACAUGGUUUCCUAAACCUAAUAUACAUUUUUGUCAAGGUAUCGGAAGACCCCCCGGGAAAAUGGAUCCUGCAAGCUUUGUUCUCCGACCAUUUAACAAAAAGGAACAAGAAGAGCUAGAUUUUGCCUUUCAAAGAGGGCUGGAAGCAGUGAGAAUUCUAGUUGAAGAAGGGCUCAACAAGAGUGCCACAUUUGUAAACACUGCACAAUCACAAGUUCUGAAUAGUUAGGCACCUGGUUGAUGCUUAUGAUGAUAUUUUUGCUUUGGAAUCAACAAGAUCAUGUGGAUCAAUCAUUACACCUUGAUUUAUGAUUUUUUUUUGUUUUUUCCCUGAAGAACAAGAGGUAAUUGACACACUCCUUGGUUUGGAAGAAAAAUCUUGGAAUCACUUUCUCCUGUAAUUUAUUCAUGUUAUAGGAAUAAGAAAACUUUGGUGAAGGGACUUAA